AUGAUCUCGCGGGAACUGGAAACGACGUCAAAAGGUAUCGUUGUCAUGUAUAUAAUGGCGGAAUAUCUUGGGAAAUGUAACAUUACACGGGAAAUGCUCUUCGCUUUUUACAGGGAUGGCGCUCCAGCUGUAUUAGGAUUACGCUUUGGACCAGCAAAAUGA